AUGGAAUUGACGCACCGCUCUCCUUGGAACCUUGGCAACCACGAAGACGGCGUUCUCACUGGCCUGGCGAAUCUGCUCCAGGCCUGGCAGGAUGUCAUCGAGAAGCUGAAAGUUGAUAUUCCUGCCUUGCACGCGCUGGACGGCGUCGGCUCCAGAGUGCCGUGCUUGUGCACUAAAUGGAGAGAGAGGUGUAAGCGGAAGCGCCGAAGAGAGAGGGCCGCGCAUCUGAACCAGCAGUCGGACAUGACCAUCCUGAGCGCGCUCCCGGCAUUCCAAGGAGAGAACGCCCUCAGCGACGGGUCUGCGUUGCGGCACCUGGUCCAGGUGGGGGCGGACGUCGUCGGGGCCGUGGCCGGAGGGACCCUGCAGCUGGCGCAGCACGGGGCGGGCGCGGCAGUCGCUGUCACGACGCGUGGCGUCGAGGCUGCCGUGGAUGCCGCCCACGCCGCGAGGAUGGGAGCGGCCUGA